ACAGAGAGCAGAAGGUUUGGUCUUAUCGGGAGCAAAAAGGAUGAGUGUGGUAAUAACAUCAACCAUCAAUUCCAAAUCUCUCUCGCCGACUCGACCGUUUCCGUCAUGUAUAAACAAUUCUCCCUCACUGUUUUUAAUCUCGGCCUCUUUCUCACGGCGGAGCUCAAAUAUCUUCCUGACGAAGGUGUCCUGUGCCAAGAGCCCAGAUGACUACCACGCAACCCUCAAAUCUCUCAAUUCACGAGGCCGGUUUCCCAGAAAAUCACUUGGACAGCAUUACAUGCUGAAUUCGGAUAUCAACGAUCAGCUAGCGGCUGCGGCUAAUGUGAAAGAAGGAGACUUCGUGUUAGAGAUUGGUCCUGGGACUGGCUCUUUGACCAAUGUUCUUCUCAAUUUAGGUGCUACAGUUCUUGCCAUCGACAAGGAUCCUCAUAUGGUGGAUUUGGUGAGAGAAAGAUUCGCAGGUUCCGACAAGUUCAAGGUUUUGCAAGAGGAUUUUGUCAAGUGUCACAUCCGUUCUCACAUGCUCUCCAUUUUAGAGAGUAGAAGGUUAUCAGAUCCAGAUUUUGCUCUGGCAAAGGUUGUUUCCAACUUACCUUUUAAUAUAAGUACUGAUGUUGUCAAGCUUCUACUUCCUAUGGGUGACAUCUUCUCACACGUUGUGCUCUUACUCCAGGAUGAGGCAGCUUUGCGCUUGGUUGAGCCAGCACUACGAACAUCUGAAUACCGACCCAUCAACAUUUUGGUCAACUUCUAUUCAGAACCGGAGUACAAUUUCAGAGUUCCUAGGGAAAACUUCUUCCCUCAGCCCAAGGUUGACGCUGCUGUUGUAACAUUCAAACUGAAGCAUCCGAGGGACUAUCCCGAUGUUUCGUCCACCAAAAGUUUCUUCUCUUUGGUGAAUUCUGCGUUCAAUGGGAAGAGAAAAAUGUUACGAAAGUCUCUCCAGCACAUAUCAUCAUCUCCUGAGAUCGAAAAAGCUCUUGGAGUUGCAGGUCUUCCAGUCACUUCAAGGCCUGAAGAGCUAACCCUGGGUGACUUUGUCAAGCUGCAUAAUGUAAUCGCCAGAGAAUAGGACCAACGAGAAGGACUAUAUAUAUAUAUAUAUAUAAAGUAUACAUGUUUUGUCAGCUUUCCACAAAGUCACUUGAAAUCAAAACAGCAUGAGGAGGCUGCCACUCGAUGCAGAUUAAGCUGUCGAUGCAGAUGACACUAUAUACUCCAGAAAGAAGAAUGUGAGCAGUCUCCAUAUAAUCAGGAAACAGGAAGCAAGUAGAGUACAUACCCAAUCUUGUUCUUGUAGAAUUAUGUCUUUGAUAAUCUUUGAUUCUUUGUAAUGCAAAGUGUUAGAUUUGUAAUCCCAAAAACGACAAAUG